GUUUUUUCCUCUAAACGCACGCAUCGCAUUCAUCUCUCCCCCUCCUGCGCAUUCUUCUUUCCCCCUCCUGCGCAUCUCUUCUCCCCUACGCAUCCUCUCUGCCUAAGCUUCUUCUUCUUAUCUUCUCCCUUCCCCUCACAUCUUCUUCUUCGCCUCCCCUUCACCUUCGAAGCCCGCCGCAGUUGACGCAAAGUCCGACGCCGCUGUCCAGUCAUCGCCGCCAUUGACACGAAGUCCGCCGCUGCAGGAGAUCUUCUUCUCUUCUUCGAAGAUCAGAUCCACAAUGAUACAGGCCAGAUUUGAGUGUUUGAUGCCAGGAUUGCCAGCUUACUUGGGAUGGUGGCUAGAUCUACAAAGGCAGUGGUUGGCGGCCGGUGGAACGACGACGCCCGUUACAUCUGCAGCGGCAACAACCAUAUGUACAGCGGCGGCAGUCAGAUCUGAAACGGCGGCCGUUUUUGAGGUGGCGGCGACCGACGGCGAUUGGUGGCGGCAACCGGCGGCGACCGGUGGCGGGUACCGGCGACCGGCAGUGGUCCGGCGUUCUGAUCUGCUUGGGCCUUCGUUUCCGGCGGCGAUUUUCUGGUCGGUGAACCAAAGCGGGUCGGGUCCUUCAGUCUCGUAUGAGGUAGCUUGUGGGGGUGAUAAUUUCAUUAAUGGAGGUAAGGUACAAAAAACGACCAUGGAGGAGGAACCAAAGUGGCAUGGGUCGGGUUCAAAAUCCAGAUUGGGGGUAUGAGGCACCUUGGUGAGAUGGUGACUCCAUUAAUGGAGGUAUGAGGGUCCGGGUACAAAUGACGGCCAUGGAACACACCAUAAUCAACGGCGGAGAUGAUAUGUUUUGAAUAAUGCCUUCCGUCAUGCCCCCCCCCCCAUCGAAGGCCUCCUCUUUUCUUGUUCUUCCUUGUUUGCCACCUUUGCUGGCCAUGGAGGACGAAGGGGGACUGUUGGAGUGUUGCUGAUAUUUCAGACGGAGUAACAUAUACGUAUGACAUACGGAGUAAUAUAUUUUUUUUGUAUAAAAAAGGAGGAUAAAUGAGUGCCAUGUCAGCAAUACCGGAAAUCACCCUUCCUUUACCGGUGAAAAAGCUGAAUUGCAUUUUUUGUUGGAGUACUAAGGGUUUAAUUGGUUGAUAGUUGGGUUGGGGGUUUAAUUGAUUUUUUAAAAAAAUAGGGGGGCUUAUUUGAUAGUUUUCCCUAAAAUAUACUACUUUAGAAUUUAA